ACUCCGAAGUUAGUUGCGAUCACACGUCGUCGCUUAGGCGAAAAUUUCUAGGCGAGUACUGGAUAUUCAGCAGCGCCUUAGUUAGUUCGUUUGAGAUCUCCGUAAACUUAGUAUAAAACACAGUAAUCAUGCAGUCAAUGAUUAUCCUCGCCGUUUCCCUCUGCUUGGCCCAGGCCUCGCUAUACCCCGGACCCCCCGCACACAUCCAGCUGAGCUCGGACGGCAAAUACCUGUUGGACACGCCCGAGGUUGCUCACGCUAAGGCUGCCCAUUUGGCCGCUCACGCGCAGGCUUCGACUGUUCAUGGAGCGUGGGCGCCCGCUGCUGGUGCUGGGUACUCGGGUGGUCCUGGUGGAUACGCCGCUGGACACUACGGCGCACCUGCUGCUGGUCUUAUCAAAUACGGCCCCGCGCCCCUCGCUCACGACGGCCGCGUGGUCGACACCCCCGAGGUAGCGCACCUGAAGGCCGCGCACGCCGCCGCUCACGCUAACGCCGCUCACGGUGCGAUCGCUCACGGAGCCCCAGGAUUCGGACACGGUGCCAUCGGAUACGGCGCUCCCCAGGCUUACGCCGCCGCUCCCAUCGCUCACGGCGCUGGAUACGCUUCCGGCUACGGAAAAUGGAAUGGCCCUGCGGCUCACAUCCAGCUGACGCACGACGGCCAAUACGUAGUUGACACACCCGAGGUGCAGCACGCUCGCGCCGCUCACCUCGCUCAGUACGCUCACGCCGCUCACGCCGCUGCCUCCGCGCCCGAAGAGCCCUGGGGCCAACAAAGCUAUGGCUGGCACUAAACAUCUACCUCUGACCUGCACGCAAAACGGACUGCUUUUUAUACAAAAUGUACAUAAAAAUUGUAAAAAAAAAUGAUAAGAUUGUAUAAAGAUGAAUGAUGACUGUGUUUUUUAUAAGCAAACUGCA